AUGUCACAAAUUAGCGUCCCCAAAGACAACGUCUUCAGAGCCAAGACUAGAAACAAGACCAAGAAGACCAGGAAGAGCAAGGUCCAGAUCCAGAACCAACUCACCCAGCUUCCCGAGACCCCAUACUUAGAGAUUUCACCCCAAGUCGAUGAACCCCAAUUCUUCGACCCAUUCGCGGAAGCAGAAGAAGUCGAUCUCAAACAAGCCAAGCUGGUUCACGUUCGCGCUCAGCAAACUCAAGGACGACCUAAGAUCGGUAAAGAUGGAAAGAGAAAACCCCAUUGGGUCACCACCAUCGAAGGACUUCCCGAGAAGUUCGAGAAGAAAAAGAUCGUUAAACACUUCAAGAAGGCCCUCGCGUGCGCGGGCAAAAUUGUUGAAGACGAGACUUGGGGUGAAGUCAUUCAGUUACAGGGAGAUUAUAGAGACGUCGUCUUUAAGUUUCUCACGGGAAAUCCAGGGUUGGAGUUGAGUGAGAGUGUUGUUAUGGUUCAUGGAUAG